AUGUUUUUCAGACGGACCCUGGCAUCAUCGGUACAGAAGAUCAAGGUCAAGACUCCAUUGGUGGAGCUUGACGGUGAUGAGAUGACUCGUAUAAUUUGGGAUCGUAUCAAGACGAAGUUGGUCUUGCCGUAUGUGGACGUCGAUUUGAAAUAUUACGACCUUUCCAUCACUAAUAGAGACAAGACGGACGAUCAAGUGACACACGAUGCAGCACACGCAAUCUUGAAAUACGGCGUUGGUGUCAAGUGUGCAACGAUCACACCCGAUGAGCAACGUGUGGAAGAAUUCAAACUGAAAAAAAUGUGGAGAUCGCCCAACGGUACAAUUCGUAACAUUUUGGGUGGCACAGUCUUUCGCGAGCCUAUUGUGAUUCCACGUAUCCCACGUCUGGUGCCAGGAUGGGAAAAACCCAUUAUAAUCGGCCGUCACGCGCAUGGCGAUCAAUACAAGGCUACCGACGUUGUAAUCCGCAAACCGGGCGUUUUGGAACUCGUACACAAGCCAGCAGACGGCUCCGAGCCCGAGGUCAUGCAAGUGUACGACUACAAGGCUCCAGGUGUGGCCUUGGCCAUGUACAACACGGACGAAUCCAUCCGUGGGUUUGCUCACGCCUCUUUCAAGCUGGCACUUUCCAAGCAACUCAACCUGUUCCUAUCAACCAAAAACACGAUUUUGAAGCAGUACGAUGGCCGCUUCAGAGAUAUUUUCCAGGAGAUUUACGAUUCCACCUACAAAGCUGAGUUCGAGAAGACCGGCAUUUGGUACGAGCACCGUUUGAUUGACGACAUGGUAGCUCAAAUGAUCAAAUCCAAAGGUGGGUUUAUCAUGGCGCUAAAGAACUAUGACGGAGAUGUGCAAUCAGAUAUCGUGGCUCAAGGUUUCGGCUCUUUGGGUCUGAUGACAUCGGUUCUCAUCACCCCUGACGGCAAGACUUUCGAGAGUGAAGCUGCUCACGGUACAGUUACCAGACAUUUCAGACAACAUCAACAAGGUAAAGAAACUUCGACAAACUCGAUUGCAUCGAUUUUUGCCUGGUCCAGAGGUCUGGCCAAGCGUGGAGAGCUCGACAGCACUCCAGAAGUGACCGAUUUUGCCCACAAACUGGAAGACGCUACGUUGAAGACUGUCCAGGAGGAUGGGAUCAUGACAAAGGACUUGGCUCUGGCGUGUGGCAACUCUGACCGCUCAGCCUAUGUUACAACAGAGGAAUUUUUGAGUGCCGUGGAAAAGAGACUUGAGAAGGAGUUUGCCUAA